AUGGAGGAAUGGCACCCUAUUUUAGAGGAGAAAGUGGUACUUGGCGAGCCUCCUUUUGAUGAUGUCCAUGCCCUCACUGGAUCUCUAAAACUUUACUUUAGGGAACUUCCAGAGCCUCUCAUUCCUUAUGACUUCUUCAGUGGAUUUGUUGAGGCAAUAAAACAAAGCACGCGAAAAGGCAAGCUUACUGCAAUGAGAUCUUUGGCUGUUCAGAUGCCAAAGGUCAAUGGGGAAACCCUUAAGUUAUUGCUGCGACAUUUGCGAAAGUUAAUGGAUCAGAGUGAAGCUAACCGUAUGAAUGCACAGAAUCUGGCCAUUGUUUGGGGCCCAAAUCUCAUGUGGCCUCGCUAUGAUUCUGGAGACAUAGCAGUUAACAUGGUCCAUCAAAACCAAAUAAUAGAAUUUCUACUUUUGGAAUUUGACUCUGUGUUUAAAUAG